AUGAAGAGUCUGCUCUUAAUAACUCUAUUGGUUGUUCUUUGUUUCUCUUAGAAAACCCCUAUUCCUUUCACAAUCAUUGAUACUCCUGAAAAUGCCAGAUGCUUAGAUGGUAGCAAGCCUGGUAUUUAUUAUCGUCCUGGAGAAAGCAAAAGAAAUACUCUUAUCUAUUUGGAAGGUGUUGGAAACUGUGCUGGUCCUACUGUAGAUUCCAUUCUCGAAAACUGUUAUUAGAGAUCUUUUACUUAUAUUGGUUCAUCCAAGUACAGAUAACCUUACUUGAACUCCUCUAUGGUAUAGGGAAUUUUCAGGGAAGACGAUAAAACAUUUGGAAGAUGGAAUCUUCUUAUUAUCCCUACUUGUGAAGGUGCCACUUAUGCUGGUGAUAUGUCUGUAUAAUAUAAGAAUACCACUUUACAUUUUAGAGGUUAAAGAAUGCUUUAACAUAUAUUUGACUAUAUGGUUAAGGAACAUAAAUUAGACAAAAAUCAUAAUGUAAUUUUAACAGGUGGUUCAGCUGGUGCUUUGGGUGCAUUUUAAUAUGCAAACUAUCUUUAAAAAUUGCUCCCAUACACUGAUGUUAGAAUCGCUCCUGAUUCUGGAUUCUUUUUAGAUAGCCCUUAACCUUUCCAAUAAAUUCUUGAAGUUUUCGGUAACUUUAUUAAGAAUGACCACUACUAAACUAUUUUCCCUGAAUGCACAUACCAAACUAAUGGUACUGAAUUCUAUAAAUGUAUUCUUCCUAAAUACUCCUGGGAGUUCAUACAAACUGAUGCUUUUAUUAUUGGAUCUUUAUAUGACAAUUGGGCUUUGCAAUAUAUUUACUAAAUUCCAUGCUAUAAUCAUUUCGAUUAAUGUGAUCCUGCCACUCUUUAAUUUGUUAUGUCUUAUGGUGAGACUUACAGAACUCUUUUAGGAAAUAUUUUGGCCCAAAGACCUAACUGGGGAAGUUGGUUAGUUAGCUGUGGCUUCCAUGGCUUUAUCCAUACUGAUUGGUACGAAGAUAAGGACUUCGCUAUUCCCUCUGGCUCUAAGCAUACAUGCUAAAAAUCACUUGAUUAAUGGGUACAUUACAGAUUUUUAACAUAAAAAUAACGUAUCGAAUAAGUCCCCUAUCCUGAAAAUGAAAACUGUGCACAUUUAUAUAAAUGA